GAGUCAAGGCAACUGAAGUUUUGCAGCCAGUCUCUGUCUUUGCUUCUGGAAGGAUGACUUCUGACUGCUCCUCCACACACUGCUCUCCUGAGUCCUGUGGCACGGCUUCCGGUUGUGCACCUGCCUCAAGCUGUUCCGUGGAAACAGCUUGUCUCCCCGGUGCCUGUGCUACAUCCCGAUGUCAGACUCCAAGCUUCCUAUCCAGGUCUCGCGGGCUGACUGGUUGCCUCCUGCCAUGCUACUUUACGGGGAGUCGUAAUAGUCCCUGCUUGUUGGGGAACUGUGCCUGGUGUGAGGAUGGGGUGUUCACCAGCAAUGAGAAGGAGACGAUGCAGUUCCUGAAUGACAGACUCGCCAACUAUCUGGAGAAGGUGCGCAGCCUGGAGGAGACCAACGCAGAGCUGGAAUCCAGGAUCCAAGAACAAUGUGAACAGGAUAUCCCAAUGGUGUGCCCGGAUUAUCAGCGUUACUUCAACAUCGUUGAAGAUCUCCAACAAAAGAUCUUAUGCACGAAAGCAGAGAAUUCUAGACUUGCUGUACAGCUUGACAACUGCAAACUGGCCACUGAUGACUUUAAGUCAAAGUACGAGAGUGAACUGUCCCUUCGCCAGCUGUUAGAGGCUGACAUCAGCAGCCUGCAUGGGAUCCUGGAGGAACUGACCCUGUGCAAAUCUAAUCUGGAGGCCCAUGUGGAGUCUCUGAAGGAAGAUCUCCUUUGCCUUAAGAAAAACCAUGAAGAGGAAGUCAACUUGCUUCAUGAACAGCUUGGCGACCGCCUCAGUGUGGAGCUGGACACUGCCCCCACCCUUGACCUCAACAGGGUCCUGGAUGAGAUGCGCUGUCAGUAUGAAACGGUGCUUGCCAACAAUCGCAGAGAAGCUGAAGAAUGGUUGGCUGUUCAGACAGAAGAGCUGAAUCAGCAGCAACUGUCCAGCGCGGAGCAGCUGCAGGGCUGCCAGACGGAGAUCUUGGAACUGAAACGCACAGCCAGUGCUCUGGAAAUUGAGCUCCAAGCACAGCAAAGCCUGACAGAAUCUCUGGAAUGCACCGUGGCAGAAACCGAGGCCCAGUACAGCUCCCAGCUGGCCCAGAUUCAGUGCCUGAUCGAUAACCUGGAGAACCAGCUGGCCGAGAUCCGCUGCGACCUGGAGCGACAGAACCAGGAGUACCAGGUGCUCCUGGACGUGAAGGCCCGGCUGGAGGGUGAGAUCAACACGUACCGGGGCCUGCUGGACAGCGAGGACAGCAGGCUUUCCUGUAGCCCAUGUUCGACCACAUGCACCUCGAGCAACACUUGUGAGCCAUGCUCAGCCUAUGUCAUCUGCACUGUUGAAAACUGCUGUUUGUGAAUGUUAAGGACAGCAGGUAGAGGAAUCAAAGCCAGCAGCAUCCUAGAAAGGAGAUGGGGCUUCAACCAGGGACAUCCAAACCGGAAGCACAAAUCCAGGAGGCUCUCAUAUCCUGGAAUUGCCCUCCAGGUAUCCUCAGUCUUUCUGCUUUACUAUUUCCUCUCCUUCCAGCUUAUUUGUGGUAUACUGGAAGCCCAUAAAGCAUUCUUGCUCAUCUCCAAAUAAAACGUGUUUUAUUCCUUUAGCAUGGUAAAUAUAGCUCUAUGGCUGAUUACUGUUGAUAGAAUAUUCAUUUUAUGGCAAGGAAAUCAUCUAAACCCAUAACCAUAGUUUCAAUGUACAUAAACCCAGGCUGAAAAUAUUUUUUAACUCCUCAAAUACAAAUAAAUUAAUGAACCCAUGAGAAAUGUCAUAUAUCUUAGAAAAUAGUUGUGUGUAUAUUUCUGAGGAAAAAUAUUAGGAAUAAAAUACGAUAAAAUGUAUUUUUUGAUUAUAAAAGCACUAGAUUCUCUUUUUUUAAAUUUGGCUCAUUAAAAGGGAAAAGGUCACUUAUGAUUUCAUCUUCCAAACAGCCAUAGUCAAUAUUUUGGGGUACUUUCUUCCAGUUUUCUUUCUUACGAUAGAUUUUUCCACACAUCUAUAAUCAUACUAACAUAUGCACACACUUGUGUAAUUUUUCUUUCAUUUAUGUCAUCUAAGCAUUUUUAAUUCUAAUAAAAACAUAAGAUUGUAUUGUAGCCAUCACUUUUUUUUUUUUUUUUUUUUUGAGACAGAGUCUCGCUGUGUCACCCAGGCUGGAGUGCAGUCUAUCUGGGCUCACUGCAACCUCCACCUCCUGGGUUCAAGCGAUUCUCCUGCCUCAGCCUCCCAAGUAGCUGGGACUACAGGUGUGUGCCACCACACCAGGCUAAUUUUUUUUUUUUUUUUAGUAGAGACAGGGUUUCACCGUGUUAGCCAGGAUGAUCUCAAUCUCUUGACCUUGUGAUCCACCAGCUUCAGCCUCCCAAAGUGCUGGGAUUACAGGUGUGAGCCACUGCACCCAGCCUGUAGCCAUCAUUUUACUGGUUGCAUAAUGUACCAUAAGGUACAUUGAUCUGUUAUUGGACAUUUAGGUUAUAAGAAUAAUUAUUCUCAUAUAUUUAAAAAACAAGGUAGAGAACUUCCAGAAUGAUGUAUAUUUCCAUAUUCCUCCUCCUAAAAACCCUGGAAAUUACAUAUCAAAUAAAUAUAAGAGGACUCUGAAAGGUAGAAGAAGAAGCCAAACCACCUAAAGAUGUUGAGACUCCAGGAGUGACACUGUGGUGAGCUCCCUGGAUUAGCUUUUUAUCUCAUAUAUUCCAGACGGGGAGCUGGAGAAACCAACUACCAGAAACACCAACAGGUGCAGACAAAACAAACAAACAAACAAACAAACAGAAAGAGCUUGCUCUGCUUAAAGAACCAGAAAAGAGGCAGCCUAGAAAGGCGGAAAACCUUUAGACACUAACCACUCAACUCAGCCAAACACCACAGAAAAUAUCAUUUCACCCACCCAUAUCCACACAAGGAAAGGCCAGGUGGGGAGUCCAGACUUCUAUCCUUCCCAGGCUGUAAUAAGGCACUCAAACUUCACCACUGGGGUGAAAUCAGGGAAGGCUAAGUGAGAGAUCCAGGACUUUCAUUCCUACUAUGAGACAUGGAAGCACUCCCUGCCCCACCAUCAUGGUGUCAGUGGAGACCACACGGGAAGCCUGGACUUAACUCUACAGGCUGCAGUGAGGCUCUUCUUUUCUCCUCUUAGUGUCACAAGAGUCCUACUGGACAGUCAGAACUCUUUCCCUCCUCCAGCAGUACCAAGGCCACCCCCAUGCAGUGUCAGUGGAAGCUGCAUGGGAGCAAUAACAAGAUAUUCCUGCCCCUCCUGGCCAGGGUGGUAUCAGCAGAGGCCACGUAAGGAGUCUAAAAUCCUCCCUCCCAGCAGUGAUAAGGGGGGCCCUCCCCUUGGGUGUCAAUAGGGGCAAAGUGGAGAGAACCUGUAUUUCUACUCCCACCUGGUAGGAAUGAAGCAGUGUCCCCCUUCCCCUACCAAAACAGUGUCAGAGGAGAUCUGCUAGAACAUAAGAUUAAAUAGUAUCCUGAAUCUCAUAACAUAAUGCCCCAAUGCCCAGGUUUCAAUCAACAAUUCCUCUUUAUACCAAGGAUCAUAAAAUCUCAACUUACAUGAAAAAAGAUGAUCAACAAAUUCAAACAUCAAGAGGAAAAAGAUGUUAGAAUUAACUGACAAGGGUUUUUAACUUUUUAUUUGUUAUUUUUCUGGGUACAUAGAUGUAUAUAUUUAUGGGGUACAUGAGAUGAUUUGACACAGGCAUGCAAUGUGUAAUAAUCACAUGGAGAAUGGGGUGUCCAUCCCCUCAAGCAUGUAUCUUUGGUGUUACAAACAUCCAGUUACACUAUUUUACUUAUUGACAAUGAUUUUUAAACAGUCAUCAUAAAAAUGCUUCAGUAAGCAAUGCUUCAAUAAACUCUUACAACAAAUGCAAAAAUAGAGAAGACUCAAUGAAGAAGAAGAUGGAAGGACUCCAGUGGAAAUUUCAGAACGGAAACAUACCGUAGAACCAAAAUAGAAACCUCAAUGGAGAUGGGCUUAACAGCAGAAUGCAGGCCAGAGAGGAAAACAUCAGGGAAUUUGAUGAUACAAUAAUAGACAUCAUCCGACCUGAAAAACAGAAAAAAAAAUAGUGUUAAAAAGAUAGAGUCUCAGGGAAUUUUAGGGCUAUAUCAAAUGAUCUAACAUUCAUGUCAGCGGAGUUCUGUAAGGGAGGAUAAAAAGUGAAGCCAAAAACAUUUGAAGGAAUAAACACUGAAAAUUUACAAAUAUGGCAAAAGACAAAAACCUACAGAUUCCAGAAACCAAGCAAACCCCAAAAAUGAUAAACCCUAAGAAAUCUACACCAGGAAAUAUCAUAUUCAAACUUUUGAAAGCUAAAGACAAAAAAAUUAUGAAAGCAGUGAGAGAGAAAUGACACCUUACCAAUAGAAGAAAACAAUUUAAUUGAUGGCAGGUAUGUCACCAUAAACCAUGGAAGCCAAUAUGAAGUAGUACAAUAGUUUUCAAAUGCUAAAAGAAAAAAAAAAAAACUGUCGGCCAGGCGUGGUGACUCACACCUGUAAUCCCAGCACUUUGGGAGGCCAAGGAGGACGGAUUACAAGGUCAAGAGAUCGAGACCAUCCUGGCCAACAUGGUGAAACCCCAUCUCUACUAAAAAUACAAAAAUUAGCUGGGCACGGUGGCGGGCACCUGUAAUCCCAGCUACUCGGGAGACUGAGGCAGGAGAAUUGCUUGAACCUGGGAGGCGGAGGUUGCAGUGAGCAAAGAUCGUGCCACUGCACUCCAGCCUGGGUGACAGAGCAAGACAAAAAAGAAAAAGGAAGGAAGGAAGGGAGGGAGAGAGGGAGGGAGGGAAGGAAAGGAAAGAGAAAGAGAGAGAGAGAAAGAAAGAAAGAAAGAAAGAAAGAAAGAAAGAAAGAAAGAAAGAAAGGAAAAGAGAAGAGAAGGAAGGAAAGAAGGAAAAAGAAAAGAGAAAAGAAAAGAAGAAAAGAAAGGAGGGAGGGAUGGAAUGAAGGAAGGAGGGAGGGAGAGAGGAAGGGAAGGAAGGAAGGAAAAGAAGAAGGAAAGGAAGGAAGGAAUGAAGGAAGGGAGGGAGGGAAGGAAGGAAGGAAAAGAAGAAGGAAAGGAAGGAAGGAAGAAAGAAAGAAAGAAAGAGAGAGAGAGAGAAAGAAACUGUCAACCCAGAUUUAUAUACCCUUUGAAAAUGUUCAGAAAACCAAAGAGAAAUCAAGACAUUCUCAGAUGAAGGAAACUUAAAAGAUGUGGCCAGCAAACCAACCUAAAACAAUGACUAAAGAAAAUUCCCUAAACACAAACGAAACUAUAAAAUAAGGAAACUUGGAAGAUCAGACAGGAAAAAAUAUAAUAAAAAAUUAAUAUACGAUUAAUUUAAAUAAAUUUCUUUCUCUUCCUGAGUUUUCUAAAUUAUGUUUCAUGGUUGAGGCAAGAAGUAUAACACUGUCUGAUGUGGUUCUCAAUAUAUGUGUAGAAAAUAUUUAAGACAAUUAUAUUAAAAUGGAGGCGAGUAAAGGAAUAUAAACAAAGGUGAGUUUUCCACACUUCACUUAAACUGAUAAAACGUUAACCCUGGUAGACUAUGGUAAGCUAUGCAUACAGCAUGAAAUACCCAGAGCAACUAUUUAAAAAGCUAUGCCAAUAGGUAUACUAAAAAACACUAUAGAUAAAUCAAAAUGGAACUCUAAAGCAUAUUCAAGUAACCCACAGAAAGGCAGGAAAAAGAAUACAGAGAAACAAACAAAAAACAGAAUGAACAAACAGAAUACAAUAAAUACAAUACAGGCUAAAUAUAGAAAAUUACAGCAAAUGGAAAGAGUCUAAAGACAUAGAAAAAAGACAGAUCUUGGCAGAGUGGAUAAAAAAGCAUGAUCCAACUGUACGAUACAUUCUGCAAAAAGCUAAAUAUAACAAUAUAGGUAGGUUGAAAGUAAAAGGAUUGAAGAGAUGCACAAUUGUUCAUAGCAGCUUUGUUUGUAAUAGCCAAAAACUAGAGAUCACAGAAAUGUCCUAAAGAUCUCAAGGCCAUCAUGCCGAGUGAAAAAGGGCAAUUCAAAGGGCCAUAUAUUUGAUAAUUCUAUGUAUAUAACGUUCUUGAAAUGACACAAUUAUAAGAAUGGAGAACAAAUUAGGCAUAGGACAAAGGAAAGCUCUGUGGUGAUUGAAUAGUUCCAUAUUUUGAUUGCACCACCCAUGUGAAGAAAACAUAUAUGUGGCCGGGUGCGGUGGCACACACCUCUAACCCCAGCACUUUGGGAGGCUGAGGCAGGCAGAUCACGAGGUCAGGAGUUUGAGACCAGCCUGGCCAACAUGGUGAAACCCCGUCUCUACUAAAAAUACAAAAAUUAACCAGGCAUAGUGGUGCACGCAUGUAAUCCCAGCUACUUGGGAGGCUGAGGCAGGAGAAUUGCUUG